CGAUAAGGCGUUUCGUCGUAGAGUAGUGUUAUAACGAUUGUAGUUCAUUAAAUUUGUGUAAUUCGAGAAACUGAUUAAUUGAUCGUCGGAAAGACACUUUUUUCUUUAUUACUUUGAUACACCGAUAGGUAGGAAAAACACCUUUUGAGUACCAGAUAAAAAUCAAGAUGAGCUUUUAUUACGAAGAUAUGCACCUCACAAUCACUGACAAUAAUGGCAACAAUUCUUUGAUCAAUUUUAACAACAUAGUAAGUUAUGUUAACUUGAUUAGUUUUUGUGUAACCGUUUCAUCAAUUUGACUAGUGUUGUUCCCAUCAUUAUUGAGUAGGUAAAUUACAUGAUAUAUCAUUACUAUUUGCAGUUUGAACACUAUUUUACUGCAAUAAAUGUAAUGUCCAGAUAGGUAUAUUGUAACUACCAAGUAACGAAUUUAAGUAGACUAUAGCCUUGGUCAGCAUAUUUGUUUCCAAUAAUAUUUGUAUUUAAUUUGUUGCUGGUAAAAAUAUUAAAUAAUAUAUAACUAAAAAUUAUCUACCUAUUUGAUAGUUUUUUUUUUUUUUUUUGAAAACAACAUUGUUCUGGAAGGAGAAGUUAUGAAAAAUAGCUAAGGGUGUCAAAAUGAAAAAUACGCCAUUGUGUCUAAAAAUAGAAACAUUGGGAUAUUAAACCAUUUACCUAAGGAACCAAGAUUUGUAUAAGCAAGCCACUGGCCACCAAUUAAUUUUGUUUGAAUACACCUACUAAACCCUGUACAUUCUGGUGUGAUAUUCUUUUUCGUUAAUCUUUAUCAAAAUUUACUUUUAAAUUAUUGUUAAACUAUUAAAAAAUAAAAAUGUCUUGCCUUACUCACUUAUCCACCUAAAUUGAAAUGAAAAUCGUUCCUCAAAAUAUUAUUUUUGUCUUUCUUUUGAAAACCAUGUCUAAUAUGUUAUUAGUGUGCAAGUAUACUGAUCACUUCAACUUUUGUGUUGUAUGAAAAAUAGAUAAUUUUGUGUUAUUAUUAUAAUUAGAUUUUUACUGUUUCCUUUAGAACAGUACCUAAUGGUUCCCCCUCUCCUCCACAGUUAUUUAUUAUUCAACAUUAUUUUUGCCAUCAAAAUAUUUAAAGAACAAAUUUAAAAUUAAUGUGUUGCCCCUCUUUAAAUUUCUUCCCUAUGCUUUGGCUCACUUUACCUGAUAUUCACUACUGUUGUGUUCUUAGGGUAUUGAGAAAAUUAGAGAUGUAUCAUUCGUGAACUAAUGGGUUACACUUGUGAAUGAAUCAAUCCAGAUUGUGAAACAUACAAAAAGUCGUCCAUUCAUUCAAUUCUUGUUUGGGUUGCGCGGUUUAUGAACGAAUCGCUUCAUACCAUUCAUUGAAUAAAUAUUAUUUUAUAGCGAAUUAAGCAACCACAAUUGAUAAUUUAUUCGUAACCGUGAUAACAAGUUCAACAAUAAAUUUAAUAUUAUGGAAUUUCUUAAAACUAGAAUAAGGAAACCAUGAGUCAUAUAGACAGCUAUACAUCACUAUUAAUGAUAUCUAGCCCAUGAUAUACUACUACACAUACAAAAUAACUUAAAUAAAUCAUCAAUACACAAAAAACAUUAUUGUAACUAGAUAGUAAGUAUCUUGGUAGUGACUUUAUUAUUAUUAUUAUAAAUAACCAAAAUUAUUUGUUGGGGGAGAGGUUCUAACAUAAAAUGUAUCACCAACUGUAUCAACCAAUAACUAUUUGGGGACAAAAAGAAUUAAAACAUAAUAGGUAGAAAAUUAAAGUACUAUCUGAUUACAGCUCUGUCGAUUCCCUGACCACGUGCCUGGAAGUACAUUCUAUAAUGAGAAAAAAAAAUCUGUACAUAUAAUUCAAAUACACAAUUUUUUACUGAAUGAACCAGAAUUGUAACCUUUAUAGUCUGAUAAGAUCUUUUAACUCAAUAGGUAGUCAUUUUGUUUAAUUUGUUCACAUGAACGAAAUAAAUAAUAAUGAAUUGAUCUUUAAUUAAAUAGGUCUCAUUAUAAUUGAAUCGUUCAAAUAACUUAUUGCCUGUUUUAAGAGAAAAUGAAUCUGUUAAGAAUGAAGCAGCAACUUAAAUUCAAUAUCUUUUGAGUUACUAUCUUAUUUGUUUGAGUUAUCCAACUAUUGACAUACAUAUUAAUGAAAAUAUGAACUUUUUUCAGAUUGAAGAUGAUAUUUCACCAGAAAUGGGAGCUCGAUUCCAAGUAUUGUCUGAUGAAAUUGUAGCAAAAAAUAUCCUUUUUUUCACUAUAUCAGUUUUAUUUUAAAUACAUUUUAACAUUGUAAUAACAGGGUUGCUGUCUGGAAAACCCAGAAAUAUCAAGGAAUUUUAAAUUUGUUAUGGAAAUUUUGGAAUAAGAGAAAAUUGAUAAAAAAAAUAUUUUAAGUAUCAAAUUAUAGUUGUAGAUAAAUAAUAUAAUCGUAUAUAGUGUAUCAAAAUUUAUUUUAAAUUUAAAUUUUAGCUUAUUAACUUUAGUUUAUCCUUUUACACCAUACACAAGUUUAAUCGGUAUGUCAAUGUCAGAUAAUUAAUAUUUUAUUAGAUACUCUAACUAGAAACUAGAUCACAGUACUUGGUUUAAAUUUUUCCUUUACAUUGUGUAGUUGUUUAGAAAAUUGUUGGUAUAUUUCUGUGAUAACUUCUUGAUCACAUAUUUAACACAAUAUGGAUUAGAAAAUAUUUUGCUGAGAAUUUAUUCUCAGAAGUUCUUGAAUCUGAUAUUUUUUCCAUUUCAUUUGAUGAAUCACUUUACAAAGUAUUUCAAAAGAGCAAAUGUAUAUAUAUAUAUAAUAGUGAAAUUUUGGUGCAAGUCUUUUAAUAAAGUAACAUCAUGUUUUUUAGAACACACAACUGCAAUUGAGAUAUUAAAAGCUUUGAAAAUGCUCUAAACAAUUUUGACUACAACAAAAUUAUACAAUUAUCAAUAAAUAGAAUUUUUAUUGACCUUAAAAAUGGAAUUGGCUAACUGUCCGAACAUCAAUACAGUUAUAUUGCAUUUCAAAAAAAAAAAAAUUUUUAUUUCUUUUAUAAUUAUAGGUAUAUGUAGUAUCUCUAGAAAGUAUCCAGGAAAAUCAGGGAAUUUUGAGAUCUAAGAUCUAUAGCAGCCCCGAAAAGUUUUAUAAUAACAUGUAGAUUAGACUUGGCGCCUUUUAGCUUUAAUAAAACAAAAUAUAGUCUAAACUUUUUAUUUCAAUUUAUUUCACUAUUUAUUUGUAGAUAUAAUUAUUUUCCUAUUAAUUGUAUUAAUAUAUUUUUAGAUUCGGACCAGAGAUAUCUCUGCUGGUAUUGAUUUUACUAUUUUUUCCUUUUUUUUUUUAUGUCUUGUAACAACUAUUCUAUCAAAAGUUUUUUUUGUUUUUAUUUGGAUGUAAUAUAAGCUUACACAUAUACUGAAAAAUACUAGAUAUUAAUAGGUUAAUAAUAUUUUAUAGCAUUUUAAAAGUGUGUACUACUGAAAUUUCUCUUAUAAACAAAUAAUAUACAAAAGCUUUAAGUCCCUAACCUUAAUGAUUAUUAUAAUUAUUAAAAUUUCUUAACUAAUAUAUGAAUACUAGAUGCUAUGGAUGAUUCUCAUUUUUUUGAGAAUAUGGAGAAUUGAUUUGGGAAGACAUUUUCAAAAAAUGGAUCAUCAUUCCAUAACAACAUAACAUUUUUGGUCUUAUUUUUUUUUUUUUUUUAUUUAGAUUUUAUAAAAACAUAAUUUUUUGUUUUUUAAAUGUGUAUAAUAGUCAAUUUUAUAAAUUGUAUGUAUUCGAUUUCCAACUGAAAAAAUCCUAAAAAUAAAAAAAAACUGAUGUAUAUUUUUUUGCAAAAUAAUUAUACAAAUUAAAAAAGUAUCUUCCAGAGCCCUAUUUUUAAUUAAUUAAAUUGUAUCUAUCUGACCAUUAUUUUACAGUUUGUCUAA